UCUUUCUAUUUGAAUUCAUUUCAAAUUGUUCGAGUUCAAAAUAACGCAGUUUCACCCUCUCUACCAUUUCCUCAUUUUCCUUCUACUUUCUAACCCUUUUCCUUUCAUCCCCUCCGCAAAAAUGACAACACCAGAAUCCAAAGCCAACAGCGAGUCUUCAGAGCUGAAACGCCCAAAUGAAUUCAGCGAGUUGGAUUCGUCAUCGAAGAAAAGGUUGAAAACGGAGGACGAAUUGAAGACGCAGAAUACGGAAUCGGGGAAUAAUGGGCUGAAUACUACUUUAGAAGCAGAUGCAGCUGAAGAUAAAGGGUCAAGGCAUACUAUGGAGGAUACUUGGGUUGUGCUUCCCGAUGCCACCUCCGAAUCCCCCGGAUUUUUGAGAUGCGCGUACUUUGCGAUAUAUGAUGGGCAUGGUGGCCGAUUAGCUGCUGACUAUGCACAGAAGCAUCUGCACAAGAAUGUGCUUUCAGCUGGCUUACCACGGUUCCGGAAAACUGAUGAGGCUCUCCUUCAGGAAAGUGUUGCAGAUGGAUGGCAAGAUGGUGCUACAGCUGUAUGCACGUGGGUAUUGGGACAAACAGUAUUUAUUGCUAAUAUUGGCGAUGCAAAGGCCGUGGUAGCAAGAUCAACUGCAGCAGAAGGUUCAGAUAGCUCAAGUCCAUUAAAGGCCAUUGUUUUGACAAGAGAACACAAAGCCAUAUAUCCACAAGAACGAGCACGCAUUCAGAAGGCUGGUGGAUCUAUCAGCUCAAAUGGACGAUUGCAGGGGCGGCUUGAAGUUUCUAGAGCCUUUGGAGAUAGGCAGUUCAAGAAGGUGGGCGUUAUUGCAAUUCCCGAUGUUCAUUCAUUUGACCUUACUGAGAGAGAUCACUUUAUAAUUCUUGGAUGUGAUGGCUUGUGGGGGGUGUUUGGACCAAGUGAUGCUGUUGACUUUGUUCACAAGCUGUUGAAGGAAGGGUUACCAGUAACGACAGUAAGCAGGCGUCUUGUGCGAGAAGCUGUACGUGAACGCUGCUGCAAAGAUAACUGCACUGCAAUUGUCAUUGUUUUCAGGAAGCAAUAGCUAUAAGUAGCCAAUUUCUCACUUGUUUCUACAGUGGUGUUUGUUUCUUUUUCUUUCAUUGUUUUCUUUUUUUGUAAUGUAAUAUCAAUGUUUGUCCUAUGUGGCUACGUUUUUUUCUGAAACUCGUAUCUUGGUAAGUUGCGUUUGCAGCUUGCUCAUCAUUUGACAUGCCUCGAAUAGGAGCCAAAACUUUUUUAGUGUUCUAUCGCACAAUUAAGUAAUUUCCCUUGUUGGACUUGGCAUACAAGGAUGCAGACAUCUAUGGAUGUUCCCUUCUACAUGUCUUCGUUAUUUGUCAAAACUCUUCAAUUCCAUUAUUUUGCACCUA